CAAAUUCUCAGAAUGUUUCAUAUAUAAAUAUAUUAGAUAAAUAUGGGUUCUAGCAUAGAAGAAGAUUAUUUUUCAGACAUAUUACGUUACCAAAGGAAGAGCAAAAAAUGGAGCCAAGGCAAAGGACUUCAGGUUCAGCUGAACGCGUAUAUGAAGAUUUGGAGCCAAUAAUGGCAUGGGAAAGAGAUCACCCUACAGCUGAUACACUUGUGAUUUAUCUACCAGGUUUUAGAAAAGAGCAAUUGAAAGUCCAAGUUACAACGUCAAGAUUCUUAAGGGUAAGUGGAGAACGCCUAGUUAGUGGUAACAAAUGGAUCCGUUUCCGGAAAGAGAUUCUAAUUCCAUCAAAUUAUGAAACUAAUGAAAUCUCUGCAAAGUUUGAAAAGGGUGCUCUUUAUGUUAAGCACCCUAAAAUAAUUGUUCAAGAUCCUGAACCACCACAGGAAAAGAGAAAAGACCAAGCUUUAGUAGAAGCUCCAAAACCUGGACAAGAAAAGCCCGCAGAACCACCAAAUGAAGCCACAAAGCUACUACAGGAAAAAGUGCAGCUACAACAGCAGCCACCUACAAAUCUUGAAAAGUCCACAAGUGAAACACAGGCUAAAGGUGGUCCAAAGAUUGAAAUGGACAGACAGAAGAGCAGUAAGAUGAAUGGAAGAGGAGAUUCGGAUAAUAAUUUGCAGAAGAUGAUAGAGAAAGAAAAGGAACUUAGCAAAUAUGAGGAGAAAAAUAAGAAUGAUGCAGGAAAGGUUGUUACUUCAACUAGCACAAGUACUAUAAAACAAGAAAAUGUUCAUGAUUCUGUCCAGGAUGCAAAAGAUAAAACAACAACAGAAAGUUGUAACCCUGCAAAAGAAAAUUAUAGGCAGGUUGUAAGGAAUGCAGUCACAGACCUGAAGAAUCCAAGAAAGUUGAUGGGCUCGAUUCUUGUUGCUUUGCAAAUUCUGCUGCUUUGGUUGUAUAUUAUGAUAACCAAAGCAAUUAAUUCCUUCAAAAAAUCUGAGAAAUAAUCCUUUUAAUUUCCCAUUUGUAUACUGUGAUUGUAUUUGCACUUCAAUAGUAUAAUAACAAGAGGUGAUCUUGCAUAAUAAGUGGGUUCUAUUAUGCUAUUUAAUAUUAAAA